GCUUUUCUUAUCCUUCUUUUGCAGAUGUGGUACAUCAAGGUGGGAUGGACAAUCUUAAUUGUCACAUUUCUCUCCAUGACCUGGGCUUAUAUGGUUGGGGCCGCCGAGGUUGUCCAGAACACGCACAUAACGAAGUACCCAAUCAAUGAGCGCCUGACCCACUACCGACCUCAUCUGAACGACCCCAGACGACCUGACCGUUAUGACAUCCCCGAUGAUUAUCCUCCGUGUCAGUUCAAUGCACAGUGUACGUGUUCGAACACCGGCCCGGACCUCGGCUUGGUAUUCUGCGACAACGUGGAGCUGGGCCGGAUUCCCCAGGAGCUGAACAACACCAAGAUCCACACCCUCACCCUGCGGUCGAACAACCUUCUCUACCUCGACGAGUACACCUUCCACAACACCGGAAUGUGGCGACUCGAAAUCCGCCACAACCAGUUCCAGGAAGUUCCAGAGAAGGCCUUUUCUGGAGUCGAGCGAUCUCUCUGGGAACUUGACCUACAGUUCAACGAACUGACCCGCCUGCCCCGCGAUGCCCUCCGAAGACUGCGCAAGCUGACCCUGCUGGAUCUGACAGGAAAUCACAUCUCCGACAUCACCAAGGACGACUUUGAGGGCUACGACAAGUCUCUCCAGACGCUGGUGCUGGCUGAGAACUCUCUCACAAUGCUGCCCGAGGGCAUCUUCAGGUCCCUGGAGAGCCUCAGGACUCUCAAUCUGCGAGGGAACAACAUUCAUGACAUCGAUACGAGAGCUUUCCAGGGUUCAUCCAACCACCUGGCCCACAUCAAUCUUGGCAACAACCUCCUCUCUGAAAUCCCCUUCGAGGCCAUGUCAGAGGUGAAGGGCCUUCAGACGUUGAACCUUGCGAGAAACCGCAUCUCACUCACUCUUGAGGUCCUCUACACAGGCACUCUCUCCAUGGACACACUCGUCCUCGACUUCAACCAGAUUGAGAACCUCCCACCAUAUGCCUUCCAGAACUUUGGAAACAUCAACAGAACUUCCCUGAGAGGUAACCCCCUUACACACAUCAGUGACGAUGCCUUCAAAGAUGCUAAGAUCAAGGAGUUGUACCUCCAUGACACAGAUCUUUACAGUAUAUCUGACAACGCCUUCCGUGGCUUAGAAUCAUCCCUGCAGACUCUUGAUCUAAGCUACAACAAUUUGUCGUACAUCCCCGAAAAGGCUUUCGACAAACUCGACGCUCUGCGGUCCCUUUCCCUCAGCAACAACAAGAUGUCGAUUGACCCAGGCAAAUCAUUCAAUGGCUUCCGGUAUACCCUUCACUAUCUCAAUCUCCUUGGUGACAACAUGGGCUCAAUCCCUAUGGAGAAACUCAAGGAAAUGAGGAAUGUCAGAACCCUGGGUCUAAGCACACUGCCAGAUACCUCAUUGUCCAAGGAAGAUUUUGCUGGGUUUGGUCCAGCUGUUGAGAAACUCUAUUUGAUGAAAAAUGGAAUAUCUGGUAUCUCUAGUAACGCCUUUGAACACGUCCCAGGGGUGAAGAUUCUUGACCUCUCAAAUAACAGAAUUAGCUCCAUCGAUAACGAAGCUUUCCUUCACAUAGGGGGUGGACUGGAAGAACUUCGACUCAGUUCUGGCCUUUCCAUGUCUCAGUUGCCUCCUCAGCCCAUGCAGUACCUGACCAACAUGAAAGAACUAGAUUUGAGCAACAACGACCUCACGACUGUCUCAGGUGAAUGUUUCCGGUACAUGAGGUCCCUCAGAAACCUUAACCUCCAAGACAAUAAAAUCAGUUCUUUGAGUCGUAACCACUUCCAGGGCCAGUACCAUCCAUACUUAGAAUCCAUACAGCUUUCCUUCAAUUCAAUCAGCAAGAUUGAGCCCCAGACUUUCCACGAUUAUAAAAACCUCAAAUAUCUGUACCUAGAUGAUAAUCAGAUCACAAAAAUACAGAGAUCUGGUUUUUCAAAUCUCGACACCCUGGAACACCUGGAUCUAGAGGGCAAUAACAUCAGGGACUUGGAAUACGAGGCCUUCCAGAACAUGCCCAAAUUGAGGUAUCUGGACCUGUCUUUCAAUGAAAUGACUAACCUCAAUCUCGAUGCCUUUGACCAAGUGGGCACACUUUCCACACUGACCAUCGACGCUAGCCAUAACCGCAUGCCAUACCUGAAACUGAACGGGUCGAUGUGGAACUCAUACUCCAGCAUCAAGAUGAUCGACUUCAGCCACAACAACAUCACUUGGAUAUCACGUGAUUACUUUGAAUCUGUGCGAACAUCCAUCGUGCACCUCUGGUUCCAGUCCAACAAUCUGCGAAAUGUGAGUUCGUCUGUGUUUGGAAACUUCCCUCAAUUGCAGCUUCUGGACUUCGCUCACAACCGCAUCGAAGAGAUAGAUCAUGAGGCUUUCCGUGAUUCUCGUCGCCUCCAGUUUGUAAACUUCCGCCACAACCACAUCGUGGACCUUCCAUCUUCCCUCUUCGAUAACCACAACCGUCUGCGUCAUUUUGAUGUUUCAUUCAAUCAGCUGCGUGGAAUUCCCGAUGGUUUCUUCAGCAACGCCCCUGUGGAAAUCUUCCGAGCGAGGCACAAUCGCAUGACCAAGUUCCCAGACAGCGCCCUGCAGAGGGCGUCUGACUCACUGAGGGAAAUUGACCUGGCCUACAAUGAAAUAACGUCGCUUACUGACUCCAUGCUGGGUCGCUUCGAUAACCUGGUAUCUUUGGAUGUUUCUCACAACCACAUCAAGAGCAUCGAGACGAGGGCAUUCAAGGGCACGUGGCGUCUCGUGAAUUUAGACGUUUCACAUAACCCCAUCAAGGAUAUUGAGGGCUUCACAUUUGACGGACUGCAAGAUUCUCUGAUGAACCUCAGCGUGGCUAAUACCACUCUCAGUUCUAUUCCUGAUUUCGAUCUGCCGCGUUUGAUGCAUCUGAACGUGUCCCAUAAUAUCCUCUCUUUCCUGCCUUCUGUUACCAUGGCCAACUUUUCGUCUAUAAGGGUAUUGGACAUCUCCUACAACGAGCUUCCAGUCCCCGCCAACAACGCCUGGCAGAUGAUACCCAGACUGCGAGAACUUUACAUGCAGAAGAAUCCUAUACGGUCCCUCACGAACACAUCCUUCACCGGUCUCGAGCGUCUGGAAGUCCUGGACAUCAGGGAUUUCCCCUUGCAGGUCUUUGAGGGUGGCUGUUUCACUACACUGACUUCCCUCCGGCGUCUCUACAUGACGACCCAUCCCCAGAUGCCCAAAUUCAACCUGGCCCGGGCACUCCACUACGUCCCGUCACUUACAGGGAUUAUUACGAUAACCCUUUCCCCCUGUUCACAGGUGGACGGAACGCUAAAUAAAGAACUGAUGAAUUACGAGUUACCCUACCGACUCUCCAACAUAACGCUGAUGGGACCGCGCAUGCGCAAGAUUUCUCCAAACGCCUUGCAGGAGCUGAGAUCAAGAGAACUGCAGCUGACGUUCUACAGGACCAAGAUGGAGGAGGUCCCGAGGGACGUCUUCAAGAAUUUAGGAAGAGUAAAGUACGUUGCUGUGGCGGCCCUCAACAAUUCCAUGACGAAACUGGGCGAGCCCUCGACCACGGGAUAUCCAGGAACUCCGCACACCGUGUUCCUCACGGAUCUCAGGAUGCAUAACAACAACUGGAAUUGUGAUUGUGGCAUUGGGUGGAUCGAAGGGUGGCUGAAGAAGUGGCGCCAGUCGGUGUGCGUGGACAAAGGCCGCCUGGACGAAUACCUCCGAUGUCAGGACACCGUCCACCGCCUCCGCCAAACCCCCUGUAGCAACAAGAAGAACAAGUCCAUCAUGGAGGCACUCAAGACGGACUUGGAGUGCGGGUCCGCUGCAGGGGCGGACUUGGCAUCGCCCUCGCCUCUACUGGCACUUCUCCUUGUGGCACUCCCUUUAUGGAUGACGGCGCCGUAACCACAUCAAGGCGCGCUAUGAUCGAUAGUACUCCUCCUCCUCCUCCUCCUCAGUCAUUCAACAUUUCUCAAUCCAGAAUGUCUCUCUCUCGACCCUCCCACCCUGCCCAGAACCUCGGCCGCCAUCUCGAGGUCGACAGGGAUGACCUCCUCGCCGAGAGAUACCGGAGAAGCAUUCGCGGGGAAGAGGUCGAGCCAGGUCACGACGAACUAGAUGAAGAUUUAGAUUCCAGCAGGCGUCCGUCUUGGAAGGUGUCUCCAAGACCAAAAUUAGACGCCCUUUCCAGAGGUAUUUUAAUCAACAAGAACAUGAGCGUUACUUUGCUGAAUCUCACGGGUGACGAUUUAAGAAUGGGAGAAGUUCUCAGGUCUGGAAAUGGGAAUUCCAGUUUGGAAAACGACUCACAAGGGAAACCAGUGGCAACCUCGAAUCAAAACAAGUUUCCGAAAAUAUUAUUUCCCACUGAGAAAAGGAAAGGAAAUGCGGUUCCUGACGAUUCGGGUAAUGGAAAGAUCAGGGGACGGGAAUCAGAUGGUGGUGCUUCAGGGGCUACUGUUGGCGAGGACCCAUCUAUAGCUGACGACAUACUUAGCGAAAACAACAAAGCAGAGUCGAACUGCGCCGACUUCCAGUACGACGUCGCCUGCGAGCGUUGGUGGUCAUUCGAUCAGAGGCACAUCGCGGUGUAUGAUAACGUUGAUAACAAUGACGAUGAUAUCGUUUUGUGUCCGACUUCGGACCCUACUUUACCUGAUCUUUAUCUUCCUCCUCCUCCUCCCAGGUUACCACCGCCACCGCCUCGCCCACCUUUCGCAGACUUUUCCAUUCUCUCGUCCCCUUCAAACUCCUGCUGGAAGCCCCCUUGUUCCUCCCUCGGACAUCCACCGUCUCUCGCUCCUCUCCCUUCUUCUCUCUUUCCCUCUCCCCCUCCGCCACCUCGUCUUCCACCUCCUCCUCCACUCCCUCCAUCUCCUUUCCUUCCUCCCCAUUAUUAUAAUUUCAGCUCAUGCGAGAGCGAGCAAAGAUAUCCAAUAUGUUUCCUUUGAACAUCCCAAAAGUUCUUUCCACGCUCAUGUUGUUUUUUGUCUGCUAGUUUGAUCAUACUCUUAUCGUUUUAUAAUUAUAGUUUCUAUAUUAACUGUUUGUUUAAACUUUAAACUGUCCAGCUUGGACUGGGCUUUUAAUUUUUUAUCAGUUUUAUCAGCAUUAGUGGUCCUUCCAACAAAAAUUGCAGUUUUUGAGAAAUCCAUCAUAGCUGCUAAAGAAAGACAUUCUGUUGCUGUCCGCCAUAAUAGCAUUCGCUUCAUGAAACUUUUUCAAAGAAAGCUGAGGGAGAGAGAGAGAGAGGGAAAUAGAAAGAAAUAUAAAUAAAAAGAUAUUAUUGCCAUAAUGUGAUCCCGUAGCUUACGUAUCGUAGCUUGUGAAGCCAGUAGCUUGUUCAAAGAGAAAACAAAAAAAUAAAAAAUAAAAAAAAAAAAGUCUUCCCGGAACCCCGUAUUUUCUUCCCAUUUUUUCUACCAGGGGAAGAUAUAGUAAGAACAACAUCCGGCAAUAAUCUACACGGCCGUCUUGAUAUAAUCGCCCGGCCGUUAUUUUCACGUGAUGUUUUUUCCUUUUAUUUUUUUUUCACGCUCGUCAUGUGGUUCUGCCAUGUUGGUGGGGCUCUCCCAUUGGGCGGGUUGAUUGAUUUGUUUUUUCUUUGAUGUGCCGUUUUCACUCAUCGUCAAGGGUAAGAGAAAGUGUUUUCGCAUUCAUCCAAACAAUCUAUCUUACUUUCUAUAGCAGGGGUUCCCAACCUGGGGUACAUGUAACCCCAGUGGUACAUUUGUACUCUUCCGGGGGUACAUUGGAUCUGAGCGAAUAGUCAGUGUCUGUGUUCCUUUUAUUUCCUCAUUUUAGUGAGCAAAGCUUUUAGUUUAAGUUGUAUCAAGAGUAGGGUGAAUACCAUUUAUUUUACACUUAUAAUGGAACCUCCCGCGGUUGGCAUCUGCCUUGAGUCACUCGGUCCUACUGACACUCACUAGCAAAAGUUGCGACAAUAUCACAACAUCAAUUUCAUUGUUUUUCUUUUCCAUCGUCAAUGUUUAGGGGUACACAGGAAUCUACAAAAAUUCCCAAAGGAUACAGAAGAACAAAAAGGUUGGGAACCCCUGUUCUAGAGAGAGCUGAAACUGAGCAUGUAUCAUGUUUUCAUUCCCAACUUCGUGAGUGAACCGGAAUCAUCUAAUAUUAUUAUUGUCGUUAUUUUUCAGAACUGGGUAUUGUUUCUAUUAAUACAAUGUUGUUUGUUGAGCUUCCGAAUGUAACGGUGAUUCGGAAACUUUCGAGAAAUGAAUCGAGUAUACCAAAAUUAGAAUAAAA